AUGAAUUAUUUAGUCCUGUGGAAGAAAGAUAAAACUUCAAGCGUCAUUAAAUCUGCGGAUAUCAAGAAUUACCUUGAUGAUAAUUUGGUCACUGCUCGAUGGGGUCCUGAUGUUGACUUUCUGAGGAAAUUGAUUGUUGAUACUGAUGGAGUUGUGAUUGGAAUCGAAUAUAAUGUUAGUGAUACUGACGGUGUUGCUGCUGACGAUCACGUCGAAGGUAUCGCUAAUUCAGGUUACGUAAGAGGUGGUGCUGAUGAUGGUCAUAUUGACGAUCACCACGAUGUCGCUAUUGCUGAUUACCUUCAAGGUGUUGGUAAUGCUGCUCAUCACGGAGAUGUUGCUCAAGCUGGUCACAGCGGAGGUGUUGCUAAUGAUAGUCUCGCUAGAGCUGGUGAUGAUGAUGGUCAUGUUGGAGGUGGUGCUGAUGAUGGUCAUGUUGGAGGUGGUGCUGAUGAUGAUCAUGUUGGAGCUAGUGACGCUGAUAGUCACGUUGGAGGUGGUGAUGAACCUGGUCACAUUGAAGGUUAUGUUGGUGUUGCUGUUGAUCGGAUUGAAGGUGUUGCGGAAGCUGGUCUCGGUGAAUGUGGUGCUAAUGAUGAUCAUUCCGGAGGUGAUAUUCAAGCUGGUGGCGUUAGAGAUGAUGUUGAAGCUGGUCACGGUAAUGGUGGUGGUAGUGCUGAUGAUGGUCACGCUGAAGAUGUUGCUAAUGAUGGUGAUAAUCAUGAUAAUGACAAUCAUGGUGAUGACAAUAAGGAUGAUGAAGAUGAUGAUGAUGACGAUGUCGGAAUUGAUGAUGAUAAUAAUGAUGGUGACAAUCAGGGAAGUUCAAGGACAGAGCUUAUCGAAGGGAGUUGA